AUGGCUGUUGGGCUGCCUCCUCUUGGAGCUUCUGGGCCCCCUGAGUCUUGCCCGGGUGGAGGCACAGUCGGUGCUGCUGCUGACGGGAUGAUGAGAUCAUCGAGGAAUUCUUGCAAGGCUUUCCCUGCGGAAGGAGCACCAGAGAGGGUUAAAGAAAAGCCCAAGAAAGGAAAAAAGGAGAAACCACCUAAGCCAACCAAGAAGCCAAAAGUGAGGCCUUCCAAGGCCCCCAAGAAGGAGAAGCCUCCCAAGCCAACCAAAAAGCCGAAGGAGAAACGUCCAAAGGCAACAAAGAAACCCAAGGAAAAAUCCCCCAAGCCCACCAAAAAAACCUCAGGGGGAAAGAAAACAGAGAGGCCUCCCUUUCUCCAGCCACGUGAGGAAGAAGAGAGGUACCACUCGUCAGAGAGUCGGCUGAUCCCACCCCAAGCCAGAGAGGAAGACUAUUAUGAACUGCCUGAUUCACCCCGAUUACACUCCCCCUAUGGAAGAGAAGAUGAGCUGUCUCGUGUGAAUGAAGAAGGAGGGAUAUCUUUGUUGCCGGAGGAGCCGACAGAACCACGAUGGGAUGAGGAACAGGAUCCAAACAAGCAUCAGGUUGACUACUAUGAACCUCCCACUGACCCACAGGAGCCCAGGAGAGAGGACUGGAACCCUGAAAGUCGACCAAAGCCCCCAGGACAGCUGGAGCCGCCCACGCUGGAUUACAAUGAGCAGAUUGAGCGCGAGGACUACGAGGACUUCGAAUAUGUUAGACGCCAACCCAAGCCCAGCAAACCAAAGAGGAAACCUGAGAGACCCAGGCCGGAGCCAGAGGAGAAGCCAAAGAAAUCUGAAGAGUUGCCCAUCCCACCCUUUUAUGAAGAUGGGUAUGAGAUUCCUGAUUAUGGUGACCAGAAACCUAAGAAAGGGAGUGGCAGCAGCAAGGAAGAGGAGGGUGACGUGGAUGGAGACAGAUGGGCAGAAGAAAAAAACAAAGGGAAGACAAAGAAAACAGGAGGGGAAAAGUGGGAGACCGAUGAGGACGAGUGGACUCCAGAAGAGAAAAUAAAAUGCCCUCCCAUAGGACUGGAAUCCCACCGAAUUGAGGAUGAACAGCUUUUAGCUUCCUCCUUGCUGCGGCAUGGUCUGGGCGCUCAGCGUGGCCGCCUAAACACGCAGGCAGGAUCCAGUGAGGAUGAUUAUUUUGACGGUGCUUGGUGCGCAGAGGAUGACAGCCGCAUACAGUGGUUUCAGGUGGACACCAGAAGGACCACGAAGUUCACAGGAGUCAUCAUUCAGGGCCGUGAUUCUGUCAUCCAUGAGGACUUUGUCACCACCUUCUACGUGGGCUUCAGCAACGACAGCCAAAACUGGGUCAUGUAUAGCAAUGGCUAUGAGGAAAUGCUUUUUUAUGGAAAUGUUGACAAGGACACUCCAGUGAUGACCGAAUUCCCAGAGCCAAAGGUUGCCCGCUUUAUUCGUGUCUACCCACUGACCUGGAAUGGUAGCCUUUGCAUGAGACUUGAAGUACUGGGCUGCCCCCUUUCCAGCCUCCAUAGUUACUACAGCCUGCAAAAUGAAGUGAUGACAUCAGUAGACAACCUGGACUUCCGACAUCACAACUACAAAGACAUGAGACAGCUUAUGAAAGUGGUAAAUGAGGAGUGUCCCGAUAUCACUCGCAUCUAUAACAUUGGCAAGAGUUCCCGAGGGCUAAAGAUAUAUGCCAUGGAGAUUUCUGACAAUCCAGGAGAGCAUGAACUAGGAGAGCCAGAGUUCCGAUAUUCUGCAGGAAUCCAUGGCAACGAAGUCCUGGGGCGUGAACUCCUGCUAAUGUUGAUGCAGUUUAUGUGCAAGGAGUACAAGGAUGGGAACCCUCGGGUGCGGAACCUGGUUACCGAGACUCGCAUUCACCUUGUACCCUCAUUGAACCCCGAUGGCUAUGAGAUCGCUAGCCAAAUGGGCUCUGAGCUUGGGAACUGGGGUUUGGGACACUGGAACGAGGAAGGGUAUGAUAUCUUUGAGAACUUCCCUGAUCUCAACAGCAUCCUGUGGGCCGCAGAAGAGAGGAAAUGGGUUCCACACAAAGUCCCCAACCAUCACAUUCCCAUCCCUGAGCACUACCUGGCAGAGGACGCCUCAGUGGCCGUGGAAGUGCGAGCCAUCAUGGCCUGGAUGGACAAGAAUCCUUUUGUUCUUGGUGCCAAUUUUCAAGGGGGGGAAAAGUUUGUCUCCUAUCCCUUUGACAUGACCCGCCCUGCCAGUGAGAACGAAGUGGCCCCAGCGGUCCACGAGGAGUACGAGGAGGAGAACCCGGAAAGCAAAGAGACCCCAGACUACGCCAUCUUCCGCUGGCUGGCCAUUUCCUAUGCUUCAGCCCAUCUGACCAUGGCCGAGACCUUCCGUGGGGGGUGUCACAAUCAAGAUAUGACCAAUGGGAUGGGGAUUGUCAACGGCGCCAAGUGGCAUCCACGAGUGGGCAGCAUGAAUGAUUUCAGCUACCUCCACACCAACUGUCUGGAACUCUCAAUCUACCCAGGAUGUGACAAGUUCCCCCAUGAAAAUGAAUUGGCUCAGGAGUGGGAAAACAACAAAGAGUCAUUAUUGACAUUCAUGGAACAGGUACAUCGUGGCAUCAAGGGUAUGGUGAAAGAUCAGCAGGGAGACCCCAUUGCAAAUGCCAGCAUCUCUGUUGUGGGGAUCAACCAUGAUGUAAAAACAGCAAGUGGAGGCGAUUACUGGCGUAUCCUGAACCCCGGGGAAUACCGCGUUACCGCCAAGGCUGACGGCUACAAUCCCAGUGUCAAAACCUGUCAUGUCUUCUAUGACAUCGGGGCUACUCAGUGUGACUUCACCUUGGCCCGCUCCAACUGGAAGCGCAUUCGAGAAAUUAUGGCCAUGAAUGGAAACAGGCCCAUCUGGAUGCCCGGGCCAGCCCAGCCCAUGACACCCAGGGAGCGCCUUCGCUGGAGGAUGAGGAUGCGUCAGAGGGCACGCUUGCGCCAGCAGAUGCGCAACCGUCUAAUGCGCAACGCAACUAGCAGCGUUCCAACUACUCCUCUCCCAACAACAGCCUUCCCCUUUCAGUUCAGCAGCACCACCCUCCCGCCCUGGAGCAGAGAACCGCCCACCACCGAGGAAGCAACCACCUGGGAGACGGAGGUCUACACAGUGGUUGUUACUGACUGGGAAACUGAUGUCACUGCAGAGACAGAGGCCUGGGAAGAGACCACAGGCACUCCUUUCCCCAUGACUACAGCAGAGACAUACACAGUGAACUUUGGAGAUUAGUGACAGCCAGCAAGCUUGCUAUGACUGUUGCCCCAGAACAUUGAAAUUCCAAAAGUUGGUUUCCCCCUCCCGCCUCCACAAGUACCCCUUCAGCAGGAAGCUAUGUCGGUUCAUUGUAGCACAGUAGAUGCUGUACUUUUUGCUUUAGCUCCUGCCAAGAAACCUGUUGCUUUGAGUAGUCUGCUACAGGCCAUUGCAUUUGCAUCAACCUUCUUUAAUCUGUGCCUUGGAUGUAAGGACUUCACUUUCUCAGCUGCUUGUUAUUCCAUCUCUAGAAGCCUUAUAUUUGCCAAACAAGAAGUUGAAAUGACAUGAGUAAGCAAGCUGUGGAAUACCCUCUCUGGCCAUCGGCCCUUGGUUCUGGUACUGAACUACAUGCAAGGAACAUAGUUGUCUCCUGUUGCCAAAUGCAUGAUAGUCAACCAUGUUGCUUUCCCAUGUUGUUACAGGUCUUGCAAACUUGGCCAGUAUCUAUGCUCCCAGAUCUGUUCCUUGAAUAAUUAAAUGCUUCGUUGGGACACAUUAAACACAUUAAAUCCAUAUGAAUGUAUUUACCUGCACCCCUAUCACUACCCUGGGUAGGGUGCAGAUUAAGCACACCUAAUAAUACUAUAUUGCAAUAUAAAUAUAUAUUGGUAGGAGGUGUGUGCACAUCUGUACAAUGCAGAGCUCUUGCUCCUGUUUUGUUACAAACAGAAAGCUUUAGAACAUUUGGACAAGGGCUGAGAAUUGAUGUUAGAAACAGUAGAGAAAUUAAGGAGUGACUGUACGGAGCUAAGUACCAUCUAUCUCUGACCAGCAGAAUUGCCAGCCCAAGUUCAUUUUAAUUUUCUAAAUGCUUAAACAAUUGUAUUUGUUUUAAUCUCCAGCUACAAAUUUCGUUGCAACAGAAAGCAUGACUCUGUGGGAUCUAUGAGAUUGCUUCAGUAUAGGGCAGAUUCUUUCCCCAACUGUAAACAGUUUCUAAUAGCCAGUAUUUCGCUCCUGCUAUGAAUGAAGCCACCGGCUGCCAAGAGAGAAGGGAAAAUGAACAGGCCAAGUUCAGAACUGCAGGAUACCGCCCAGGAGGCAGGUACAGUGCCACUUUGGCCAUCUAAACACUUGCUAUAUGAAUAAAACGAAUUAUUAAAGAA